AUGCCGUCGUCUUUAGACGCACCUGUGCUCCAGGUGGAUGCCAAUGUUAUCCACAAGGUCGACACCUCCAACCCCCAGAACCUUUUCAGCAUGUGGACUGACAACGUCGCCCAGGGCCGCCGGCUAGAGAACCUCAGCUGGCGCCUCUGGACGCGCGAGACCUUUUGUGUCGAGGCUGCCGCGCGCAUCACCUCGAGCAGCUCGUCCGAUUCAUUUGCUGUCGCCUCCUCCGACGAGAGCGCGUCCAUUGCGCCCACGUCCCCAAGACGUCCCACCACCAUUCCGCGCCGGAGUAACCCGUCCACAGAGGAGGUGCCCCAGCUGUCCGGCAGUGUCGAGUCGCUGGCCGACGAGGACGCUGUUGAGUUCUCGUCCGAGUCGAGCGCCGUGGACAUUGCGCGUCCGCGGAUACGUAGGCAGGAUUCGUGCGGCAGCAGCCGUAGCCGUGGCCGUGAACGGCACAUCACCUCGGACGACCUCGAGAAGAUGGUCGUCUCCAUUGUUCAGGAGACGGAGCCUCUCAAGGGCCCACUCCGUGACGUCUCUUCCAGCAUGCAGUUUUCUUCACCCUCUCCCUCCAUGUCGCCCGUCGCCACUGAGCAGCCAGAACAGACACAUGUUGCUCCUGUUUCCGAGUCCCAGUCGGCUCUGCCAGAGCCGACCCCUGAGGCUGAGGAGUCGGCGGUUGCAGCCCCGUCUGCUGAGCCUUUCCCGGCUCUGGCACCCGAGCCUGUUGAGGAGGAGCAGCAGCAGCAGGAGCAGGAGGAGGUAGCCACCCCGAGCACCCCGCCUCUGCAGAAGAGCAAGUCGACCACGGAGGUGAUCCGCGGCUUUUCGCCAUCGCACAUUCCCGUUGUGGUUCCCCAGAUCCUGACACCGCCACCGUCCGAUGAGCAGGUGGCUGCGUCUGCCGACGAGGAUGUCAUUCCCUACCCAACGUCGGAGCCUGCUGCCAAGCAAGUGCAGUCGAAGAAGGCGGCCACAUUUGCCCUGGGCGGCUCGUCGUCCUGCGAGGAUUCCAUGAGCGACCCGUCGCGCAGCCUCGAGAUGCGCAAGUCCGCCAUGUCCGAGAUGCUGAAGCGCAAGUCGACGCCGACACCCGACGAGGAGGGCUCGCUGAAGAGCGCCCUGCACCUGUCGCGCCACUCGCUUUCGCAGAAGAAGCAGACGUCGUUCAGCAGCCAGCUUGUGACGCGCGCCAUCCCCGCGCCGGCAGUGGUUUCCGACGACGACGAUUCCGAGUCGGACGACAUUGACGAGAGCGCCAUUGACGAUGACGACGACGACUCGUCGGACUGGGAAGACUCCAACGAGGAGAGCGGCCGCUCCAGCAUGGACGACAAGACGCUCUUCCAGCGCGUCGACUCGACUGUGCACCUGCCGUCGCGCCGCUCGCUGAUCACACUCAUGAUCCAGCGCAGCGAGCGCGAGGUCAAGAACGGCCUGACCACGUCGCAGUCCACGCUUGGCCUGAACCGCGCCCGUCCGCAGCACAGCCUCCAGGUCCAGCUGCACCAGCAGCAGCAGCAGCAGCAGCAGCAGCGGCAGCGGCAACACCAGCCGCCCUCGCUGGUGGCCUCGCCCAACGACUCGGACGAUGCGGCCCUGAUGAUGCGCCACCGCCCUCGUGGCCCGCAGUCGACACUGCGCCCUAUCAACGAGAUCCCGCGCUCUGCGGCCCAGCCGAUCAUGACGUCGGCCACGGCGGCCAACCACGCGCCCGCGCUGUCGCCGCGCACGAACCGCCGCAACAUGCUGUCGACAGAGCUGACCGAGUCGCUGCGCCGUCAUCUGUUGUGGGAGCGGUCGCAGAAGACGUCGACGGCCAAUGCCGUGCUCAAGAGACGCCACACGUCCCAGGACGUGGCCAACCUGCGCCAGUAUCCGGAGCCGGUGCACAUGGGCCGCGACGACGCCGGCGGCGAUGCCAACGCCAACAGCUUUGAUCAAUAUCUCAACCGUGACGCCUACAACGGGUACCACGCCAAGGGCUGGUGA